GCAAAAUGUCAUUUCUUCAGCAUGUGUAAUUGCUAACUGAAAUCAUAAGAAUUUGUGUAUGAAAAUUAAAUGUUGGACACCACCGGCAGCACUAGAUUUAACAUAGCUGAUGGUGUCACAAAGCUUUAAUGGCUUAUAUGUUGUGACACGCAUCAUUAUAACCUUGAUACUACUAUGACACGCGGGUCGAAAUAAAGGAUGACUUAAAUACAUAAGGACUAAAAUAAACCUGUCCAUGUAUAGUUUGGUUUGUCAGGAAGAAUAAGCUGAAGACGCCACUGUCCUAUUGAUCUGAGAAGGCAAUCACAUAAGGUGGGUAGCUCACCUUUGUGGUGCUUGUGACGCCUCAUUGAAUAGGGUAAAGGUGGACUCUUUUGUGCUGCCAUCUGACAAACUGCCCUGCCAAGUGCCUGUCAGUCGUCUUUCUGCAUUGAGUCGAGGAUUUGUGCGGCACACACUUUUCACCCAGCAUGUCCGUCAAUCGGACAAACUGGUCGGCAUUGUCCAGCUUGACGCGCCAGUGGACAGUGGAGGAUGAGGAGGAGGCAGAGAGGGAGAGGAGGAGGAGAGUGAAGAGCUCAAGCAGCACCUGCGACCAGGAGGUGAAUGCCGGUGCAGCGGCCACUGACCAUGACACCACCAACCAUGUUGCCGACUCCCCACCUGAAACAUCUCAGAGCUCCAGCAGUAUCGAGCAGAUGCAGCUGGACUUUAUGGAGAUGCUGCGUGUCCGGGAUGAAAGGCGUAGGAUAAGGCACGUGGAGACAUUGCGGCGUCAGAAGGGGGUAAGGGAGGAUGCGGACGAGCAACAAAAGCUGACGCCUUACAUUCCUAAAGAUGUCAGUGCCAAUAGCGUUGAAAAGCCAAACAUAGAGCAAGAAAAUGGAGAACCGUCGGGGAAAGACUCAGUUUCCAGGCAACCCUCCAGCCCGCCUCCUAAGUUUAUCAGUUCUGUCUCAAUCUCAAUCGACAAGAGCCCCGCUUCUCCCAAUCGCCCCCUCUCUCCUACAAACCCCAGGACACCCAGAGAACACUCGCCCUGCCAGAGUCCCAUUCCCAACGGACAUUCAGAGGUUUUCCAGGAGAGCAGUGUAAACAGCUCUUCGACCAACAAUGACUCCGGACAGGCUACCAAACCUAUGUUAAUCAGAAAGAGCUCCAGGACUCUAUCAUUCAGGCUGAUGAGGAAGAAAGAGGAGGAGAAUUUUCCACUGCAGAGGAGUUCAAGUGUCAGGAUCGCAUCAAAGAAGUUUGAAACCAACACGGAUCAACCUGUCAAUGAGCAAAAAGUAUCAUCCUUCCAAAGGAAUUCUGCGCAAAGACACUCAUCCAGGUCCAUCCAGGAGAAGAUGGAGAGACUAGCCGAGGCUGCACAGAAAUCAGAAACACCUCGAUCUCCAGAUGUGAGCCAGCGGACCUUGUACCUGCUGGACGAGGUGUCCAGGAAGAGAGGCCUCUUUGAGAAUGAGCAGCAAACAGUGAAGCCAACAAGCCCUUCCCAACAGCAGGAAUUUCGAGGCUCUUCAUCAGGAAUCUCAGACAGAAUGAACCGCUGGCUCGACAAGACCAACCAAACUGGAUGUUCCUCCAGUCCCACGGACUUAAAACAUGUGGACAUCACCAGCAAGAGGAGUUUAUUUGAGAAAAGAAGCCAUGACAGCGUCACAAAGUCCAAACCUGGAAAAAUCUACAAGUGAAAGUAUUCCUUGAUCAUCACUCAUUAAUUUGGAAACAUUUCAUUCUUGGACCCGUUCAUCUUUUUUCAUCUUCCCUGCCAGUGUAACCAAAUGGAGAAAGAUUUGAAACUAAAACUUAAAAAAUUCAAGUUUCAAUCAAUCCUUGAGGUGUGAAAACAUUGCUUUAAACAUACAUAGUUUUGACAAAAUGUAAUAUGCUUGCCUUAACAGAAAUCUCACUGGGAAGCACUUUAAAAGAGGCUUUAUGUUUUUGAUUGUCUACUCUAUUCGGUGUGUCUAAAUGGGAAAGUCGCUGCUUGUGGAA